AUGCGACCGCGACAGAUCCUCACACUCGGGGCGAUUGUGCUCGCGUGUUUCCUGACAUAUACCGUGCUGCGACUCGGCGCACCUCAGCCGCCCAAAUACACACCAGAUACCACGCCUUCGAAGCCGAUCCCUGUGGAUACUCGACCGGCACACGAUGGCGACGGCUCGAACGACGCAGUCGCGGGUGGCGAUGCGCCCACCCGCAGCAAACCCAAACCAGCACCGGGCGGCUCACACCCAAUGUGGCACCUUAUCAAGGAUGCCGAGACGAAGCUCGAAGAUACAAAGAUGCGUCAAUCAAAAUCCCUGCAAGAGGCCGUGACCGAAUACCGCCGGCGGUAUGGCAUCCCGCCCCCGCCCAACUUCGACAAGUGGUACGAGUUCGCCACAAGCAAGGGUGUACAACUCAUUGAUGAGUUCGACACGAUCCACGAGUUGAUCACGCCCUUCUGGGGACUGAAACCGUCUACAAUACGCAACCGUGCCACAGAAGCACUCGGGUUCGGAAACGCGUUGCUGGGUGUUCAGAUCCGCAAUGGCAAGAUCACCAACCUACAGGGCGGAGGAGAUUGGCAGCGCGACGCGACUGAAGGCAUGAUGAGGCCGUUCAUAGAGCAUCUCCCCAACAUGGACUUGUGCUUCAACAUCCACGACGAGCCACGGGUGGUCGUGCCGCAUGAUGACAUGGUGCGGCUCGUGGAUGUUGCCAAGAACAAGAACAUGAAAGCGGCCAACGCCGUCGCACACCCGCGAAACGAGUUCACCAAGAAGCCCAAGGGCCUCAACGAGGGAUCCCACUUCACGGAGACGAAACUCACGCGCUUCAACGUGUUCGCUCACCAGCCGACCUGGACCCAUUCGCGUAUGUCAUGCCCGCCGGAAAGCCCUGCCCGCGCGAUCGAGGAGUCGGACCGGAUCGACGACGUCGAGAAGUACGGAUUAUCAGAGUUGGGCUUUGUAUACAACGAGACAGCCAUGGCGGAUAUAUGCCAAUCUCCCUCGCUGAGCGAGACAUACGGGUUUUUCGAUCGGCCAAACGCCUACAACAUCGUGCAUGAUUUAUUCCCUAUCUUCUCGCAAUCCAAGAUCUCCUCGUACAAUGACAUAAUAUACCCCUCUCCAUGGUACUGGUACGAGAAAGUCAGCUACGACGAAAGCAAGGAUCAGCCCUGGGACACGAAGAAGGACCAGCUGUACUGGCGUGGCUCGACCACGGGCGGUUUCUCUCGGAAUGGCGGGUGGAGGCGACAACAUCGGCAGCGGUUCGUGCAGAAAAUCAACGCGGCGGAUCAAGCCAAGAUUCUUGCCAACCGUGGCGACGAUACACACCCUAAAUGGGACGUCAAGGAGGUCCCGAGGGGAGACUACAAGGACAUCAUCAGCGUGCAGUUCUCGCAUGUGGGGCAGUGCGACCCGGGCGACUGUGACGCGCAAAAGGAGUUCUUCCAGGUGACGAGCCGGGUCGAGCAGCAAGAUGCCUGGCAGUACAAGUACCUUCUGGACAUCGACGGAAAUGCCUUCUCGGGCCGGUUUUACGCCUUCCUGAGGAGUAAAAGUCUUAUCUACAAAUUCUCAAUAUUCAGGGAGUGGCACUACGAGUGGAUCAAGGGGUGGGCACACUACAUCCCGCUGAGCCUGCAAGGUGACGAGUGGCUCGAGGCUGUACGCUUCUUUGGGGACGGUGACCUGGGCAAGAAAGAGGCAGAGAGGAUCGCGCUGCAGGGACGGGACUGGGCGAACAAGGUACUGAGGAAAGAGGACAUGGAAGUCUGGUUCUUCAGACUAUUGUUGGAAUACGGCCGAGUUGUCGACGAUGACCGUGAGAACAUUGGGUUCUCUUUCGGUGGGUCGCCUGUCGCCGAGUAG